AUGCAUCGCGUGAGUAACCCGGAGAUGAGGAUGCCCCGGAGAUCCGCCUCCCUCUUCGCCCUCGCCUUCUUCGCCCUGCUGCUCUCCACUUCCCUGGCAGGGAGACAGCGGCCGAGCUUCAUUGUAGAUCGGGAGGAGUCUCUUGGUCAGCAAGGAGAGGCCCAGGACGAAGCAGCUAUGGCACAGCCUGUGCACUCCCGGAUGCUCAAGGACGUCACCACCAGUGACUACGGCACCUACGACCCAACCCCGUCCAUGCAGAAGCCCCACUUCAAGCUCAUACCCAACUGA